UCCGCCCUUGAUUUUCCCCCACACACCAACGAACGAUGGGUGAACUAAGCCACCAAUAUAAAUCCCUCCCCUAUCAUAGGUACCGCGCAGCGCGCACAUCCCCCGUACUUUUGGAGAGCGUUUUUUGUUUCAUCUGGAAUAGGCUACGCUUUGCACCAUAACUGUGAGCUGACAAAUCGCACGCGCACGAGCUGGAGAGUCCUAUUUUUCUUCCAACACAGCUGCCAGAUGCAGAGGUCGGUGGCCCCACGUGGCUUCAUAAAGCGCUCUGCCACACAGAAGAGAAGAAGAUGGGGAGGUUUGAGACGACAGUGGGAACUUCUGGGUUUAUUUGAGAUUGACCAGCACCACGAGUUCUACAGCCUGACAUGCAUGAUGAAGGAGGGGUUGGCUGCGUCAAUCCGAAACACCAUUGACCAUGCAACUACUAAUGAACUGCUGGAUGAUGAUUACACAGCAGAGUACACACAGAUUCAUAGGGGGUUUACCUUAGAGACAUUUGCUGGUCCGGUGUUUGCCAAUCUACGGGGAUCUUUAGGUGUGACGGAACAAGAGUAUCAGCAAUCACUCUGCUCCGACAAGUGUUACCUUCAGUUCAUCAGCAACUCCAAAAGCAAGGCUGACUUCUUCCUCACGAAUGAUAAACGCUUCUUUUUAAAGACCCAGAACGAUAGGGAAAUCCGAUUUCUUCUAGAUAACCUGAAGAACUACACGGACCACUUGAGGAAAUACCCUCAUUCUCUUUUGGUCAAGUUGUUAGGUGUUCACAGGAUCAAAAUUUCAUGCAGGCUAAAGAAAUACUUCAUUGUUAUGCAAAGUGUGUUUUACCCAGAUGAUCGAAUUAGCGCCAGGUACGAUAUUAAAGGUUGCGAAGUUAGUCGCUGGACGGAUCCUUCGCCAGAUGGAUGCCAGAUUAUUGUUGUCCUCAAAGACCUCAAUUUUGGAGGACAAUAUAUCACUCUAGACCAGCAGCGUUCCUGGCUCCUUCGGCAAAUGGAGAUAGACACAGAUUUUCUCCGAAGCCUCAACGUGUUGGAUUACAGUCUCCUCCUCGCGCAUCAGCCUUUACAACAAGAUGAACGUCACCAAGCGCUUUCAUUUGCUUCAUUAAUCAUGAGAACCAAGCGAUCUGUGAAUCCAAGCGCCACCCAGGGCUAUAGUAUCCCCUCCGUACCCGGGGCUGUCCCAGAGGAGAACCCCGCUUUUACAUCUGAAACAGAGGACGGGCAUCCCAAGAAGCCAGCACAAGCCGGAGAUGGCCACAGUCGGCGGCAUACCGCCGGCAGCGAAAGUGAAGAGCUUCAGGACUUCGAGGCCCAAAACAGACGUUUACUGCUGAAUUUAAAGAACGCUCUACACGUCAUUGAUGGACCUGAUCAACGCUACUUCAUUGGCAUCAUUGACAUUUUUACAGUUUACAGUUUAAAGAAGAGAUUGGAAUAUUGGUGGAAAAGACUGAGGCAUCCAGGCCGGUCCUUCUCAACGGUGAGCCCACAAAUGUACUGCACUCGGCUUUGUCAGUGGGUACUGGACCAUACUAAGUAGAGAGCAGAUGUGUAUGCCUUUUCAACCUUGCCAUCAUCUCACCCUUGCUUCCAAGCCUCUUUAUACAAUAGGAAUUAAAAUCACUUACUGCAAAGGUUUGACUCUGAGAGUUUGUAUGUUCUUCUCAUAAACAUUUGAUAACUUGUAUGUCUUCUUUAUAAGGAUGUAACUAACGAUUAAUAGAAUGUGUCAUCUUUUUACUUUGAAGUUGUUUUAGCCAUGUUGUAAGUACCGUAGCUUUCGGACUAUAAGCCAAAUGACAUUUGUUUAUAGGUAAGCCGCACCGGACUAUAAGCCGCAAUUGUCCUCACUGUAUUAUGGGAUAUUUAUCAGAGAUGUCCCGAUUGAACGGGUCCGAUCACGUCAUUUUCAGAGUAGUGGAAUUGGCAAAAAAUUAUCGGACAUGCCUUUUUUUAUUCAUUCAUUCAUUUUCCAUGCCGCUUAUUCCUCACGAGGGUCGAAUAUAUAUAUAUAUAUAUAUAUAUUUUUUUUUUUUAAUUGUAUUUAACGUUACAGACAUAAUAUGUUACACUCAUCCAGAGUCUUUACUUUAGGCUUAGGGUAGGGUUAGAAAAUUUAUCCCGUUAACGGCGGUAAUUAAUUUUUUUUUUUUUAAAUAAAUUAUCACGUUAAAAUAUUUAACGCAAUUAACGCAUGCGCUGCACAACCCACUCACGCAUUGUCGCGUUCAAUCUGUAAUGGCGCCGUUUUAUCUUUAUAUAUAAAGCUAAAAGGCAGCGUAAAAUGAGUAGAGUGAAUUUUGGCAGCCUUUGGAGCAUUUUUUUAAUUGGCUAAAGCCUUACAAUCCCUCUCCCUACGAUUAGAAAUAUCGUGGGGAAGCAAAGUAGUAAUUGAUCUUUUUCUUAACACUGUUAUUUCCCAACGCAGAGAAGAUAUAUCAAUUAGUACCACUACGCACAGUCAUGGGUGCACUUCCCAUCAUGCAUUUGGGCAUGGCUACAGUAUCAUUUACUGAAAGCUCAACAAAUACACUAGAUGGCAAUAUUUAGUCACAAUAUACAAAGUCACAUUUGUCCUUUAAGAAUUACAAGUCUUUCUAUCUGUGGAUCCUUCUCACAGAAAGAAUGGUAAUAAUGUAAAUGCCAUCUUGAGGAUUUAUUGUCAUAAUAAACAAAUACAGUACUUAUGUACUGUAUGUUGAAUGUAUGUAUUCGUCCACGUUUUAUUCAUUUUUUUCUUAAUGCAUUGCCAAAAUGUAUAUGAUCGGGAAAAAUUAUCGGGAAUGAUUGGAAUUGAAUUGGGAGCAAAAAAAAAAAAAGCAAUCGGAUCGGGAAAUAUCGGGAUUGGCAGAUACUAAAACGAUCGGAUCGGGAGCAAAAAAACAUGAUCGGAACAACCCUAAUAUUUAUUAGGGCUGUCAAAAUAUCGCGUUAACGGUCGGUAAUUCAUUUUUUAAAUUAAUCACGUUAAAAUAUUUGAUGCAAUUAACACAUGCCGCGCUCAAACAGAUUAAAAUGUCAGCACAGUGGUAUGUUCGCUUGUUACUUGUUUUUUGGUGUUUGGCGCCCUCUGCUGGCACUUGGGUCCAACUGACUGUAUGUGUUGCACCAUGAGUGAGCAUGAUGUAAUUAUUGACAUCAACAAUGGCGAGCUACUAGUAUAUUUUUUGAUUGAAAAUUUUACAAAUUUUAAUAAAACGAAAAUAUUAAGAGGGGUUUUAAUAUAAAAUUUCUAUUACUUGUACUAACAUUUAUCUUUUAAGAACUACAAGUCUUUCUAUCCAUGGAUCACUUUAACACAAGGUUAAUAAUGUUAACGCCAUCUUGUUGAUUUAUUGUUAUAAUAAACAAAUACAGUACUUAUGUACCGUAUGUUGAAUGUAUAUAUCAGUCUUGUGUCUUAUCUUUCCAUUCCAACAAUAAUUUACAGAAAAAUAUGGCAUAUUUUAGAGAUGGUUUGAAUUGCAAUUAAUUACAAUUUUUAAGCUGUAAUUAACUCAAUUAAAAAUUUUAAUCGUUUGACAGCCCUAAUAUUUAUACCAAAAAAUAUUAUCCGGUAACUUGUUAUUUUACAGCAGCAUCAUCAGACUGUCAUAAGACCAAAUGAAACACCAUGAAGCUUUGAUCCAAUUGGCAGCAAAGCUUCAUUGCUUCAAUAAGGUUCAUUUAGCCAUCACUGCUCGCUUCAGGGAGACAGUCGUCCACCUCUGCUGCUACCUGACAACACUGUUGUCAUCCAACAUGCCUCCUAGCAUGCAUUGCAGCGCUACAGAUGUAAAUAAUAAUCCAAAUUCAUUACUGGUGCACGAUAAUUAUGACAUCAUCUCGAUAAAUCCAAUAACAUUUAUAAUAGGACCGAUAAUAUGUACUGUUCUGGCUUUGCAGAUUAAGCAAUAGUAUGGAAAAUCAGUUGACCAUUUGCGGGGCAUUGCUCCCACCUGCUGGUCAGAAUAAUUCAAUGCACCUAUUUUUUGUUACAGUAGUUUGGUUCAAUCACUUACACAUUGCGGUGUCUAGCGGUCGCAUUGACAGUCGUGAAUGCUUUCUGUUACGUUUCCGCCUCGGAAAUGUAUUUUAUGUUUACUAUUACAUAUGGAUGUGAAAAAUGUUUAAUUCUGUGGUGAAGGGUCAUAUGUACAGAACUUCAUAAGUUGAGUUAUAGAAGCCAGCCAAUGCUUUAGUAGCUUAAGCUAGUGUGCUAUGCUAUACAUAUAAUAGUUGUGUAUAUAAGUGGAUUGUGCAGUUUGUUGUAUAUUGACUAUUGAAAAUAUGUGUAUCUUUCUGUUGUACUUUCACAAUAUUAAGACGAGUGUCUUCCCAUAAAAGCAAGAAAAGACCAAGCCUUGUGGUUUAUG